CCCGCCCCACCAUGAUCAAAGCCAUCCUCAUCUUCAACAACCACGGCAAGCCGCGGCUCUCCAAGUUCUACCAGCGCUAUAGUGAAGAUACACAGCAACAAAUUAUCAGAGAAACUUUCCAUUUAGUAUCGAAACGUGAUGAAAAUGUCUGUAAUUUCCUAGAAGGAGGAUUAUUAAUAGGUGGAUCUGAUAACAAACUAAUUUACCGACACUAUGCCACCUUGUAUUUUGUCUUCUGUGUGGAUUCUUCAGAAAGUGAGCUUGGCAUUUUGGACCUCAUACAAGUAUUUGUGGAAACACUAGACAAGUGUUUUGAAAAUGUCUGUGAACUGGAUUUAAUUUUCCAUGUAGACAAGGUCCAUAAUAUAUUGGCCGAAAUGGUCAUGGGUGGAAUGGUUUUGGAGACCAACAUGAAUGAAAUUGUCACUCAGAUUGAUGCUCAAAAUAAACUGGAGAAAUCUGAGUAUAUGAAUGUGUUUACAGGCAUUUUUUGCAUUUCCUCACUUUAUACACAGGCUGGUUUAGCAGGAGCUCCAGCCCGGGCUGUUUCAGCUGUAAAGAAUAUGAAUCUGCCAGAGAUCCCAAGAAAUAUUAAUAUUGGUGACAUCAGUAUAAAAGUGCCAAACCUGCCCUCUUUUAAAUAACGUGGCUACUCCAGGUAAAACCAAGGAAGAAAUGUAAUAGAGAUUUACCGCAUAAUGGUUUACUAAAUAAACGAUGUCUAACUUUUACUAUUUGGAUAAAACUCAAGGUACUGUAUAGACAUAAUUUGAAAAAUCAGUGUGUGGAGUUGAAUGUUGCUUUUGUCUUGUUUGUGAAAUUAAAGGAAAUGGGUAGUUCCCGUGUGAUUUCUAAAUUACAUUCCUAUGCCCUUGUAAGGCAUAUCACUGUGUCUCGGCUGCUGCAGUAUUUUGAGAAAGUAUUUAAGAUGUUCUUUACUUUGUAUAACCUAUAAUGCUGAGUUUUUUUGUAUAUUCACUAAGGUCUAUAAGUAGUGCAUUCCUUAACUACUUCUGCUGUUUGUCAUGAUUAUUUAAGACUGAAGUGCAAAUGUUGCAUGAAAACAUUAAACUCUUUUGUUUAAAUAAAAUCAUAACAAACUGGACUUCUAAAUACCUGUUUGUCUGAAAUCUGCUCUUUGCAAUAAAUCAUGUUAUUUCCUA